AUGGCUGCUUUGGAGAUAAUCCAGCUGGAGCCGGGCACGCCAGUCGAGAAGUGGGAAGUGGUCAAGAAGUUGGGCGAAGGAGGAUUUGGUAAGUCGUUUUAGGCCAAGUUACUAAAGCACUUAAUAUAUGCAUACAAUAAUAGUUUACGAAAAUGACAGAAUGCAUUAUAGUUUUGUUUUUAUUUGGUAGAAUACGUGCUACGGUGUGUUUGAUUCAUAUUUUGUGUUGUAGGAGCUGUUUACAAGGUGAAAGACGCCAGUGAUUUUUAUGCCCUGAAGGUCGAAGGUGUCAGCGAACCGAUUCAAGUAUUAAAAAUCGAAGUUAAUGUUCUACAAGUAAGUCGUGUUACCUAAUUAUAGGCUGUAGUAAAACCGUGAUACAAUAAUGUUGGUUUCAGGAAUUGAAUGAUCGUAACGGCCGUCAUAAUUGUAAGCUGGAAGGCAAAGGAAAGUUUGCAAAUUUUAAUUAUGUGGUCAUGUCGUUGGUCGGAAAGUCGUUGCAGGACCUCAGAAAGGUACACAAUAUUUUUUUAAACGUAUAAUUUUCUAUUCAAAUUUCAUUGUCAACAUUAUACAAUAAACUGGAAAAUAUAACUUUAGGACAACGAAAACGGCUACAUGACGACCGGCUGUGCUGUCAGUGUCUCUAUGCAAUGUCUCGAAGCCUUAGAAGACCUCCACAACAUCGGAUACCUCCAUCGUGACAUCAAACCCGGCAACUACGCUGUGGGACGUGCAGAGUUGAACGAAUUGAGAAAAGUUUACAUUUUGGACUUUGGUAUGUGCAGAAAGUAUACGGACGACAACGGAGUCAUCAAGAAGCCCAGGAAGUUAGCCGCCUUCAGAGGAACGGUACGGUACGCCAGCAUCGCAUGUCACAUGCAACGUGAAUUGGGAAGGAAAGACGACGUCGAGACCUGGCUUUACAUGGCGGCCGAACUGACUCACGGUAAUCUACCAUGGAAGACCAUCCAGGAUUUAAAUGAGGUAUGUUGUCUACUAUAUUCGUUUACAUAACAGAACAAUCUACUUGCAAAAUAGACUAACACUUACUAAGUUUAGGUCGGUGACUACAAACGCCGUUGCACAAAAAUGCCAUUCAUGUUAGAGGUGUUCCAGUCCUGUCCCAAGGGCUACAACGAGAUCGCUACCCACAUCCACUCUCUGAAGUUCUACGACCCUCCAGAUUACGAGAAGUACUACACGCUGAUGCGAAAGGCCUACACCGAGAUGGGAAUCAAAGAGUUUCCAUACGAUUGGGAAAAGUGA